AUGGCAAGUCCCCUAACCAAUGAGAAAGAAGUGGCUUUAAAUGUCAAGCAAUUUCUUGUCAAAAAACUAGAAUUAGCAAAGAUGAUUAUUGUUGCCUUUACCACCAAAUUUGCUUGGCUAAAUUACGAGAAAAAGAAAAUAUUCCUGGAACGAUUAGAGAGAUUGAUACUUUCCCCGCUUGUAGUUUAUGAACCAAAGGAAAAAGCAAUAGAGGAAAGUUUAGCAGCAAUUGAGUAUAACAUUCAUUACAGAACUUUAAAGGCAGCACAAAACAAAGUCGAAGAAAUUAAAGAGAAAUUCCAAGAGGAUGAUUUAGUUUGUGAACCUUAUGUAGUAAGCAAUCAAGUGGGAACUUCUGUCAAUGUUUCUGAUAUAUUUCAAUGGGAAUACGAAUAUUCAAUCCCUGCCGAUUUAGAUCGACAUUUUAGCCCAUUAGAUAUUGUUAAAGUAAAGUGUAUGCACGCUAUUGCUGGAUUGGCUACUGGAAAAAGGUAUUAUCAUUUUGGAGUUGUUUUGGGAAAUGAUGAAAUUUGCCAAUUUUCCUUAGAAAAGAAUGGUGUAAGGAUUACCAUAGAAAAUUAUCGAGAAAAUAAUUAUAGUUUACUAAAUAGAAAUUGCGAACAUUUUGCUAAUAUGUUAGUUUAUGGUAUUAAUUAUUCAGAACAAAUUGAAAGAAGUAAAUCGGCAAUUAUAAAUGCUCACCGAAUUGGACGAACAGCGGCGGGAGGCUUGCUUGGUUUAGCUCUUGUGCCUGACCCACAACUUAAUAAUGGCAAAGGCCCAAUCAUUAAAUUAACUAAUGAAAUAAAAGAGAGUAAUGAAAAGCUUGGUUAUUCGAGAGCUGACCACUGGCAAACGAAAGAACUAGAAGCUAGGAUACAAGUAAUUCCGAAAAAAGAUUGUCGAAUAAUGUAA